GGAAGUUUCAUGGUCCCCUCCUUUUAAAAAGUCAGAUUCGUAGUUGCUGCUGUCUCACAUGCAGCUACAGGAGCGCGGUGUGAGAACAGUCCAGGCUGCUGUGGUGUAGUGUACACUGACAGAGAGUGGGAAGUGAUGACUGGAAGGUGUGGACGAAGAAGCAAAGUUAUCAGCCAUCCUGGCUUGUCAUGCCUGAGUUGUAACAAAGUGUGAAGCUGACGACAGAAGAAACACGAUACGUCAGAAGAACACGGAGGGGAACAGGAGGAGUUCCUGAGGACGAACUGUGUGAAAGGAGCAGAGGAGGAGCGGAGCGUAACACUCCCUGAGAUACUCAGAGAAGUGACAGAUAGAGGAUCGAGGAGAGAAGACACAACGUGGCCAAAGCAUGAGAGAGGUGGAGCAGUGUAAUGACGACCACCCUGAGGGCGGGGUGGUCUCCAGCAAGGAGAACACGGGAAGACCACCUUCUAAUGCAUGUGCUGUUGUUGUAGCAACGCCGGGGGUCACCAUGCGAAAGCGGCAGACUGGCUCAAAUUCAGAGGAUCACAUUUCCACAGCUACACCCGUCACAUCAGGAGACGAGGACAAGGUCAAGCCGGGGGACGACGUCCAGCUCUACACCCCGGCUGGAACCAAAAGACUCAAGAAGAGUCCUCAGCACCGGCCACCGUCCUCGGGACCUUCCCUUUCUCCUGUCCCUGGUCCCAGUCCUGGAAGUCUCUCAGCCCUCGAGGACCCACACGCCCAGCGUGUGAUUGCCAACAUCCGGGAGCGACAACGGACACAAUCGCUGAAUGACGCCUUUGCGUCAUUGCGUAAGAUAAUCCCCACACUCCCCUCUGACAAACUGAGCAAGAUCCAGACCCUUAAGUUGGCAUCGCGCUACAUCGACUUCCUGUACCAGGUGCUGCAGAGCGACGAGAUGGACGCGAAACUGGCUGGAUGUAACUACCUCGCACAUGAGAGACUGAGCUAUGCCUUCUCCGUCUGGAGGAUGGAGGGAGCCUGGUCCACCAUGUCAGCUGGUCACUAACUCGGCCUGAAAGCAAUAAGAUUGGUCUGUUGACAGAAACUUAAAAACCUAAAAACAUAUGACGGACAAUUAGUCUCGACGCAGUGCAUCUGUUCCCUCCAUGGAAAGACCACCUGACACAAGAUGAGAAUACAGUUUGAUAUCUUUAAUAUUGAACUAGAUAUCAGCUGUAAAUACGAAGGCUUGUGAUGUCAUUGUUUUUGCUUAUUAUUGCUCGUGUGUGCCAAAGACACAUUUCCUUUUAAUUUUCUUUAAGAUACUUGUAUCAGGACAGGCGACAGACACAAACGAGCCUGACUCCACACAACAUUCUUUCAGUUCAACAAGCUGAUGUUCAGGAUGCUCUCUCCUAAUGUUGCCUCCACACAGCAGCACAGUGACCCCUCUGACCCCUCUGACCCCUCUGCUCACCCCAGAAAGCAGAAGCUACACCUUCAUCCUCAUCUCUUCAACCUUGAUUUUACCGCCUAUAACUGCUGUCAGUCACCAUCAUCAUCAUCGUCAUCACGAUCAUCAUCAUAGUCUUUCAACGCCAACUUUUCCGAGACUCUGACACAUACUCGGGAUCCCUGACCACCCCUGAACCCGAGCGACAGUGGAAAAGAAGCUGUGGGCAGCUGUCCUCCUGACUUCACUUUCUCCUCUUCAUAACCAAAACCAAGCUCCUUUGUUUUUUCAAGAGCCAAAAUAAAAACCUCUCCUCUCGAAAUUCCUUCCUCUCAUUUUGGCCCAAAUUUGCUUGCGUUGCACGAAAGCCCCGAUACAGUGAGCUGACGAGGAGGCGUAAUGAAAACAAACGGCCUCUAAAAGCCAUGAAUCACG